UAAGUACACGAACUCAUCCGGGAAAUACACACUCCCAGUUCUUGCUAAAAUUUUCGACGGCGACACUUUCAUUGCCGAUUGCACGCUCGAUUAUUGUACUCUUUUUAGCCACCCAUCCAAGCGGCAGAGCUGCAAAUAAUCUGGCGGCAGACACAGCCUUCUCCACCUCUUCUAUUCUCUCUCUUCGUGUUGUAUUGUAUUGAGAAAUCAGCAUCGAAGCUCAUAACAACAGAGAUUAAAGUACAUUUGGGACAAUUGUACUUAUGAAUUUGCUAUAAUACUCUAAAAUGAUUGCUCAAUUAGAUUAUUGGUGUUUAACUACCUGAACGCUUCUAUAGUUCGUGAAUUGUGGCGAUAACCUUGUAAUGGUAUUGGAAAACUUAUAAAUAGUGAUAAUUGGCUGUGAGAAUAUUAGCAAUUGGCUAUGUGUUGUAGGCUGCAGGCUGCUUACCGUCAGUGACGGACCUUGAACGGUUUUACGAGGGGAGCCGGUAAAAAAAUUAAGCAAUAUACUAUGUAAUUAUACAAUUAUACACAAAUUUUAGGGGGGCCGUAACUAAAAUUACACUACAAAAUUUUUCGCCCAGGCUGGCUACCAUUUACGUCUUUCGAACCAUUAAGUCGUAUCAUGGAUAAUUAUGAAUGAAACCGGAAACAUUACUUAAACAUUUAAGCAUAGAAGAGGUUCUGAUCUAUGUCGAUGAAUGAUAUAUCGCUAGAUUGUUGUCUUGGUACGUUAUGGAUGCAAACAAAGAUUCAAGGGGUAGAGUUUUCCGAAACAAGGAACGGCCAUCAUAUGCUCCAUACGAAAAGGAUCGCAAAGGUUUCAGGCAAAAUUACCUAUGUAAGAACUGCAAGCGGCCUGGGCAUUUUGCUAGAGAAUGUCCAAAUGCUUCUGUGUGCAACAACUGUGGGCAGCCUGGGCACAUGGCAGCUGACUGUAACUCAAAAACGAUGUGUUGGAACUGCAAAGAACCAGGGCAUCUGUCUACGGAAUGCAAGAAUCAACCUAUUUGCCACUCCUGUGAGAAGAUGGGUCAUCUGGCCCGUGAAUGUCCAAAAUCGUGCGAUCCUAGAGUUUGCAGCAACUGUUUCCAGCCAGGGCAUUUGGCAGCAGACUGUAUCAAUGAAAAAGCAUGCAACAAGUGCCGAAAACCUGGCCACCUAGCUCGAGAGUGUCUAAAUGUUCCCAUUUGCAACACCUGCAAUUUAUCUGGACAUGUGGCCAGACAAUGUCCGAAUCAAGCUCUCCCGCUACCAUUCCAGCCACAAUUUCCUUCACCACUAAUGUUUGGUGGCCCGCCAAUUGUUGGGGGCCAGUUGUAUAAUAUCUACUGUAGAAAUUGUGGAUGUCCGGGGCACAUAAGUCAUCAAUGCAUGUUCAUGAUCAUGUGUAGUGUCUGCGGUGACCGUGGUCAUCAGCCAUUUGAAUGCCCAUCUGGUCCUAUGCUUGAUAUAAAUCAUAUGAUCCAUCGUCGAUUUUGACAGUUGACUGAAACUAGAAGAGUUAACAUAUACGGAGUACUUCAUUUUGGUCUUUGCUCUGAUAGUAUAACUGGUACCGAGCUGUAAAUUUGGUCUUUACAAAGAAGUUAUGGUCAAUCCAUCUCUCUAAAUCCACCAACUGGGCAGCUUUGCUUGGUCCUUUUUGUACAUGUCUCUUUUUGCGUUUACACUAUCAUCUUUGUUUAAAUUCUUGCUACUUAUUGUCACAUUCAAAUUCUUGUGUAGCAAUAGUAAUACUAUGUCAUUCAAAACUGUGACUAAUUAAACAUGGUGCAGAAACAGAGGCUGAUAGACAUUCAUUUUAGGGACGGAGAGAGUACGUUGUAACUUUGCUAGCAGUUGUGGUACAUCCUCGUACUCUGUAAUUCUCUAAAAGAACUUUAGUGUUCUUUUGUAGGAUAAUUAAACUCUGUAUAUAGUUAUAUUGACAUUUAUUUUGAGAUAGAGAAGUAUGAAAUUUGUGUCGAACACGAUGGGUAUUUGAUAGUCGAGAAUAAAGAUAUUGAUAAAUGAAAA